GGUUCACUGAUAUUAUUAAUGGGCUGAAAAGCCUAGGUAAAUUAUAUUCUAACAGUGAACUUGUUAGAAAAGUACUGCAUUCUCUACCUCGAACGUGGAAGGCAAAAGUAACAGCAAUCCAAGAAGCUAAGGACCUCAAUGUGCUUCCACUCGAAGAACUUCUUGGAUCCUUGAUGACCCACGAGUUAACUAUGAAGCAAUAUACCGAGGAUGAGAGCCAAAGAAGAAAGGUAAUAGCACUUAAAUCCAUUACUAACAAAGAAAGUGCAUGCAGCAACAGUAGUGAGGAUGAGGAAGAAGAAGAUGAGGAAGAAGCUCUACUUGUGAGGAAGUUCAGAAAGUUUAUGAACAAAAGAAAGCCUUACUACAAGAAGAGAUAUACUUCUCAUGCCUUCGACAAAGAGAAAGGUAAGGAAAAAGAAAAAGAGACAAUCGGGUGCUAUGAAUGCGGAAAACCGAGGCACAUUAGAGCUGACUACCCAUUAGUAAAGAAGCUUGGAAAGAAGAAAAAGAAAACACUCCUCACAUCCUUGAGCGAAACUGAAAGUUCAUCAUCGGAGGAAGAACCACAAGAAAAGCGAAAUCACUGCCUUAUGGCUGAUGAAACUAAGAAUGAGAAAGCCUGAUGAGCCAGCUGAAAAUAUUCUGGUAGAAGGUGACAGGAGUGAGGAAAUACGGAGUUGGGAGCAAUCGAUAUUUGCAAAACAAGAAAGUGCAAUAUAUUCGGUCAAAAGAAAACAAUCUUUGCAAGCUCGAUACAUAUAUGGUUUUAUAUUUUUUCUAACAAAUUUAUUGGCCUGGUUUGUUCGUGACUACGGGCACAAAUUUCUUCAUAUUCUUCAUUAUAUUACAGUAUGUGGAAUUGAUGGUGAUGAAUGUUUUCAUGCUGCAGGCGUGCUUCGUAUAAGCUUAGGGUGCUUCAUAUUUUUUUCAUCUAUGUUUGUCACUACACUUAGAGCUGAGAAGCUGCAAGAAGCUCGCAACUCAUGGCAUUCUAGAUGUUGGGCUUUAAAGGUUGCUAUAUAUCUAUUGUCAGUGAUGGUUCCAUUCAUCAUCCCUUCAGGUUUCAUCCAAUUAUAUGGUCAACUUGCUCACGUAGGUGCAGGGAUAUUUCUUCUUCUCCAACUCAUAAGCUUGAUUCACUUCCUCUCAUGGUGCGAUAGUAAAUGGAUGCCAGAUUUGCAGUCAAAAAAAUGUGGCUUCUUUGGGCUGUUCUUGUCAACCAUUUUCUACCUUGGUUCUUUUUGUGGGAUUGUUCUUAUGUACAUUAUGUAUGCUCUGGAUACAUCUUGCGCUAUCAACAUAUUCUUCAUCACAUGGACUGCAAUCUUGGUUAAAGUAAUGAUGAUUGUAUCAUUACAUUCUAAGGUUAAUCGGGGCCUUUUAUCUUCUGGAAUCAUGUGUUCGUACAUUGUUUUCCUUUGCUGGUCUGCAAUUCAAAGUGAACCUCACACCCAGAAAUGCAACACAAAAAAGAUGAUGGCUGAGGAUGGUGACUGGACUACCAUACUGAGCUUUCUAAUUGCUAUCUGCGCAAUUGUAAUGGCAACUUUUUCAACUGGGAUUGAUUCACAAUCUUUUCAGUUUCGUAAGGAUGACAUUCAAUCAGAAGACGAUGAUGUUCCAUAUAGUUAUGAGAUAUUCCACUUCAUAUUCUCUAUGGGAGCAAUGUAUUUUGCAAUGCUAUUCAUUAGCUGGGAAAUGGAUCAACCAACUAGAAAAUGGAGCAUCGAUGUUGGUUGGGCAAGUACAUGGGUGAAAAUUCUCAACGAAUGGUUUGCUGCCAGCAUAUAUUUGUGGAAACUGAUCUCCCCUGCUGUAAUGAGGGACAAAGCCAUCAAUCCGGAACAGCAUGUGCAGAAUGUUCAAGUAUCAGUAUGAUAUCCAGAUUAGUCCAGAACAUGUUCUGUUCCAGUGGGACUUCAGUCUUAACUUAGCAUUGUACAUUCAUAGCCAUGAAAUAUUCCUUAUUUCUCCUAUAUAUGAUUACAAUUUUUCAAGCCCCAUAUAUUUGUUUCAUAUAACAAAGUCAAUGUAUAUAAUUCAAUGGUAGAAAACCUUUUUCCCUGAUGCUAGUAUAA